UGGCCAUACUGAUGGCGGCUACCUCCAUUUCUGGAUGCGUCGCAGCUAGAUGAUGCCGCCCCUGAUAUCGGUGGGGUUCGACUCAGCCUUGAGUCCCUGUCGAGUCACUGUAGUCAGAGUAGAAGAGUGUCGUCAGGGGCCCUUUCACGUGAAGCCAACUCGCACGCGCAAUUCUUGCUCUUGGCUUCAACUUCAGAAAACGGAACAAGACACAGGCCAGCUACAGCGUAGGCAGAGGCAUUCACACCGUGUCCUGCCCUUCACCUGCCCAUCGCAGACGCGUUCAACAAGCCUACACGGUAUAUAUUCUCCAAAAUGGACAGUGAAGCGCGUUAUGUCAACCAAGAGCGUCGAGCAAACUUCAAAAAUAAAGGUCUCUUCAAGGGCGAUGAGCUGCGCAGGCGUCGAGAGGAGCAGCAGGUCGAGAUUCGAAAGCAGAAGCGGGAAGAAAAUUUGACCAAGCGUCGCAACUUGGCGACCGUGACUGUGUCUGACGAUGAAGAUGAGGAGCAAGAUAUUGGACAGCUCGAGUCGCAGCUCCACAUUGAGUUGCCACAGAUGAUUCAAGGCGUCUUUUCAGACUCGGUUGAUGUGCAAGUAGAGGCAACCACCAAGUUUCGCAAACUGCUGUCGAAGCAGCGUAAUCCGCCCAUCGAGAAGGUCAUUGAGUGUGGUGUCGUUCAGCGGUUCGUGCAGUUUCUCACAAGCCCGCACACGCUUGUCCAGUUUGAAGCAGCAUGGGCCUUGACCAACAUUGCAUCCGGAUCAUCAGCCCAGACCAAAGUUGUGAUUGAGGCUGGCGCUGUGCCAAUCUUUGUGCAGCUCUUGUCGUCUGAUGAAAGUGAUGUGCGUGAGCAGGCUGUGUGGGCGCUCGGCAACAUUGCAGGUGACUCGGCCGAGUGCCGUGACUUUGUGCUCAACUGCGGAGCACUGCAACCGUUGCUCCAGCUACUACACGACUCCAAGAAGCUGUCAAUGCUUCGCAAUGCAACCUGGACGCUGUCCAACUUUUGUCGUGGCAAGAGCCCACAGCCAGACUGGGCCACCAUCUCGCCCGCGCUGCCCGUGCUGGCGAAGUUGUUGUUUUCCGUGGAUGAGGAAGUGCUUGUGGAUGCCUGCUGGGCUGUCUCUUAUCUGUCUGACGGACCGAAUGAGAAGAUCCAGGCAGUCAUUGAAGCCUCUAUCCCACGCCGCCUUGUGGAAUUGCUUGCCCAUUCUGCGACAAGCGUUCAAACGCCUGCAUUGCGGUCAGUUGGCAAUAUUGUCACUGGUGACGAUAUUCAGACACAGGUCAUCAUCAACUGCGGUGCUCUCCCAGCGCUGCUCAACCUACUGGGAUCGACCAAGGAGGCUAUCCGUAAGGAAGCAUGUUGGACCAUUUCCAAUAUCACUGCCGGCAACUCUUCACAAAUCCAAACAGUCAUCGAUGCGAACUUGAUGCCACCACUCAUUCAUCUACUGGGCAGCGCCGACUUCAAGACCAAGAAGGAGGCUUGUUGGGCCAUCUCAAAUGCUACCUCUGGUGGCCUUGCCAACCCUGAUCAAAUCAAGUACAUGGUGAGUCAAGGGACCAUCAAGCCACUGUGCGACUUGCUUGAUUGCCUCGACAACAAGAUUAUCCAGGUUGCGCUCGACGGUCUAGAGAAUAUCCUCAAAAUUGGCGAGGCCGAAAAGUCACAGACUGGUGGCCAGAACCGAUUCGCCCUCUACAUUGAAGAGGCCGGUGGUAUGGAGAAGAUUCACGCAUGCCAAAACAAUGCGAACCAGGAAAUCUACCAAAAGUCGUACACCAUCAUCGAACGCUUCUUCGGCGACGAAGAUGAGGAUGCCGAGGAUGCUGAAUUGGCACCACAAGUCAGUCAAAGCGGUCAGUUUGCGUUUGCUCAAGGCAAUGCGCAGCAGUCGGGCCAGUCAUUCAACUUUGGCGAUGGCGGUAUGCAAAUGUGAUGCGCUACGUUGUUUUCUCCUGCAUUCUUUGCUCAAAGAGCACGGCUGUAGACUCGCUUCUUGACAUGCACUCUCUUUCUCACGACUCAUUCGUCGAACACAUUUG